AUGUCGGACCCCACUCCGAACCUGGGCCUGGUCCGCCUGCGCAUUGCCCAGGACGUCGAGGCGGCCUUGGCCGACGAGGGUAUCGGGGUCGCGGCCAGAGUGGGCCUUCACCUUGACCACCUCGAGCCCGUGAGCUCCGCUCUCAGGACCGAUCCCGACAGGGUGGUGCCCCGCUCGCGAUUGAUCUGCUCGAGCGUGUCGCUGACUUCCUUCUUGGCCUUGGCCAAGGCUUCAGAGGCCUCAGCGGUGCGCUCCCGACACUCCGUGAGCCACACCUCCGCCUUGUGCUCCGAGAGCGCGACUUUGUCCAGCGCUCGGUUGGCCCUACGUUCCGCCCCCAUGAGCCUCUGGUACUUGGCGUGCAGGGUCUCGGCGGGCUCCUUGGCCGGCGGCAAGACGACCUUCUUGACCGUGUCGAGGGUCCACGCCCAGUGGGCCACGAAGACCGACAAUUCUCCUCUGACUGUAGCCGCCAUGGCCUUGGACAACACCAGCAUGACGGACUGCGAGCAGGCCAAGGCAAAAUACACAAAGGAUCUCUUCCACGUGGUGUGCACCAACGUUACUGGAUGGCUUCCGAAGAAGUUUUUCUCCGGGCCUGCGGAGCACCAGCGCCGCGUGGAUCGAGGAGGCCGCAAGUCUCGAGACAGAGACGGUCAAGACAAGAAGCCCUCCGCGGACGACGCUGCGCCGAAGAGCGACAAGGCCGACGCGAAGGCAGACAAGGCCGACGAGGCCGACAGGGCGGCGGACAAGGACGGGAACGUGGGCUGCGGCUCCUGCGUGUACAACAUGUUCCUGUGGACUAAGCCGACCCUGCUGCAGGCAGCCGCCUCUGUGCUGCAGGAGGAGCAGGGCGUUCUGAUGCUGGACUUGGACAUCGUGCUCUACCACAACCCUCUAGACCACAUUCGCAGCGUUUUUCCGAGCAGGGAAUCGAGCGCACUGCUGACCGCCCGCGAGCGGACCGGCAAGGCCAACACGGGUGCCGUGUACGUCACUGAGAAGGCUGGUCGCAUCCUGGACAGGUGGGCAAAGCACGCCGACUGGUUCCUGGAGGCGGACACGGGCGACCAGGCCGCGCUGCAGGACCAGCUGCUGCAGGUCGACGUGCGGCGCAGGUGGGAGAGGAUCCCGCUCGACGUCCUCGGCCAGUACGGCGGCAAGGGCAAGAUCGGCACCCACUACAACGGCUACGCCGGCAACAAGGCCGCCGGCAUGUUCAAGUCGGGAGACUGGAAGCCGAACGAGGCCGCAAUGUAUGCUGCUGGAGACUGGGUGGAGGACGACUCUGAUUGA